CUACUCAUUCGGGCUGCGUCAACGCUACUAAUCGAACUCCAGGUAUUUGAGCACUUUCUGUUGCUCGAAUCAUGUGAGGAAUUCCUCCUUGAUAACUCUGAUGUACCCUGCUUCUCUUUCAAGACGCAGCUGUUCAUUGCUGAUCACAACGAAACCUGCUCAAGUACUCGAAUGAAGUAGCCAGGCCGAAAAUCGCUCAGAUGCCUGAGAGAGCACUCCGCCAAAGCAAGUCUAAGACGCCCCGCCAGUCGGCUAGAGGAUGUGCGCCAUCUUUCGAGGCUGGGAGUUCAUCGAAAACCCACGAUGCCAGGAAUAAGAGCAUCGCGCAAGCAAACAAUUCUCUGGAAGCUACACCAAACAGCAAAAGGACGCGGGCGCAUAAGCCCUUGCAGCAGAAGAGACAAAGGCUUACGGCCCCAGAGCAGUUGACCUCAAUUCGAAGUGGUGGGAACGUGUGUUGUAGUUAUGACGCCCGACAGGUUGGUAUGGCAUGUUCGAAUGAGCUUCGCGCUCAGUCGUGCUCGGCCAUCUCUGAUGCCAGUGCUGCUGUGGUCGGGAACGAAAAGAAUGACAGUCACCAUCGCUCUUCCAGCAUAUCGUCUCUCGUGGCAGCUAGUUCAAUUCCUCUGUCUCUGGCGUCGGCUGCUCAAAUUAAGUCUGAUUGCGAAGCAUCAGUUCACUCGCUAAGAAGCUCGCCAAUCUCAAAUCAUGUCUCACAAACUAGGGACAGACCUGAGAGAAACAUGUUGACAGUUCCAUAUCAGCAACGAGUGAGGCCAACGCGAAGAAGGCUUGUUGAUUCCUUGAGUGCGGCAGAGGAGUCAGUCCUGAAUGAGGUAUCUGCCUCCGACUCUGAAACCUGUGGCGCAAAUACAUCUUCUGUCCUAGGAAUCUCUCAAUCAAAGGCUGGAGCUGUCCAGCUGGACCAAGUUCGGGAUCAGCAAGGUCCCGUCAAGUCCCCAAGCAAUGACAGGGAGGCAGGACCAUCAGUUUCAAGUACUCUUUUACGUUCCAGGAUAACGUACGCUCGCCAACGCUCGUUCUUAGGAAGUACGUUGAACACUUCUGACUCUGAAUUACAUGGCGCCUCGGCUUCAGCUUUGGACGGUGAUGAAGCUGGGGCUUCGUCUGCCUCACUCAAACAUCGCAGUACCCUUUUGUUGUCUGCCGCAGAUGGCGAGGAACACGGCAGGCCUGUCCGAAGCAUCCAUGAGCUGAGGCAGGCUGGGGAUAAUGCUCGCUUCCAAGAGUCGGUUGAUGCACUAUUCGAUGAUUUUGAAGACCCGGGCAACACCGUUUCCGAGAGAUGCAAUGGGCUCAUUCAGCUGUGUUCGAAGCUACUCAAACCCGACUUCAUGCAUCGAUUCUUGGAAUAUGGCUUUGAUGAACGACUAGUCAAAAGUACAGUGAGUGAUUUAGACAUUAUCUCAUCAUGUCUAGCACUGUGUGCCUAUAGAUUGGUCUAUCUCAAAGGGGUAUAUUCGUACUCAAAUUUGGGAACUUUUUGGACCACUCUUGUCGACAAAUCUUCGUUAUUGCUAGCAGUAAAAGACGAUAUAAUGUCCUUGGCAGGCAAUCCACGAUUGCAUGUGUCAAGAGCCGUGCAAGCGUUACUCAGGGAUCUCAUCCCACGAUUGACAGCUUCGAUAUUCUCAGAAGGCCCGACACCGAGACUUUCUCCACGGCUAGUCAUUCUUUCCUGCAUUAGCAUUUGCUUGACAGCAUUCCAAGACAAGUCUCAACCUAUACAGUCGAUGUCCCGGUCUUUGCUAGAUAACCUUAUUGGGCUCCUGCCUCCGAACAAUGGUGAAGCCACAGCAUAUCCUCUGUCCUACGACGACUUUCAAACAAGGACAAUGACUCUUCUUGUUCUGGAGAGUUACUUAAUGCUUCCAGCGACACCAGGCUAUGACUACAAUGGCUCUUUCCACAAAUUUGUCCUGAUGCAUGAUGACUUCAUUCGUCCUGCCCAGGAUGACCAAGGCCGACGAAUUUUGACGUUAUAUUUGAGGGUCGUACUAAACCUCACCAAUAAUGAUCCUCUGGCGAGCGAGCAAUAUGCCGCACCUGAAAUAAUCACCGGAUUCGUUCGAAUCAUCACAACUGAGCUUUCAGAUGCGUCUUCUACCGUCGGCUUCGGUGAGCACGAGUCAUUCAACCUCGUCAUCUUGGCUCUAGGUGUUCUUAUAAACCUGGCAGAACAGAGUGAGAGUUGCAGAGCCUCCUUUCUUGAGCCAAUGCAUGACUCGUAUCCACCCCUUGAGACACUUGCACAUCAGUUUUCUCUCAGCAUCGACCUCAUCAAACAUGCAAAUUCCCUUUCCGAGUCACAUAAUAAUGUUGCUGUCGGGUACUUGUCGAUACUGCUAGCUCUUCUCUGUCUACGUAAGGAAGCAUACUUUCGAAUUCAGGAACUGCUCAUGGAAUGUGGUAAGGAGAUCGCCUCGGUCAUUUCAACAGCGAAAGAAUUUUUGGUAUAUCAUCAGAAAGUCGAAAGGGACUCACGACUCGGCGAAUUGCAAAAUCGCGACAACACAUCCACGGCACGUUUGACACAUAUCAUAGAGCAAAUAAGCCAACCGUAGAGCAAACCCGUUACCAAAGUGACAAUACCUUCAUCCACCAUAGCUAGGUGCGGUUUUAACACCAAGGUCUCGAAUGGUGUACGGAUUUCUUAUGAUAUAGUAGUUGCUCGGUACCAUAAUCAACUCAGGCGU